AUGGAGAAAAAGGGCUCUAAAGAUUCACUGAAGUGCUUUGAAUGUGGUGGAUAUGGACACUUUACCUUUGAAUGCGCAAAUAAUUUGAGGAAGCAAAAUAGUGGGAAAAAUAAAGUAAUGGCAGCAACUUGGAGUGAUAGUGAGUCUGAUAAUGAUUCAAGUUCAGAAAAUGAAGAUCAGGUUAUCGCUUUCUCUAGGAGAAUUCAUGCGCAAAAGGAUGAGAACUUUGAUGUUGAAGAACCUGAGAUAGAAAUGGUGAUGAAGCAAUUCAACAAUCCCUAUGAUUCCUCUAAAAAACUGAAGAAGAAAAAUGCAGAGUUUGCUGAUCAAGUGGUCUUUCUACAAGAAGAACUGACCAGGACUGAAGCUGCCUUUCAAUCCCAGCUAAAAACAGAAGAAAAUCUGCGUGGGUCUUUGCUUGAAAAAAUUCAGAUGCUCCAAGACAAGUACUAG